AAAUUUCUGUAUUUAUACAUAUAAAAUAUAUGAUUAAUUUACGAAUGCGUAACAAUAUAAAUAUUUUUUAAAUUAAUAGAUUUAAUAUGUGUCUUUGUCUUGGUCCUCUUAAAUCGGGAAAAACAUUUUUAAUGAAACGUUUACAAGGAGAUGAAAUAGACUAUGCAACUCAUACCGUUUCUACAAAUGGUAUAAAUCUUUUUACCAUAAAAAAUGACACUGGCGAAUUUGAUAUGCUUAUUAAAGAAAUAGGUGGAAAUAUGGCACCAAUAUGGAAACAUUACUUUGACAAGACACAAAAACUUAUUUAUGUAAUAGAUACAAGCAAUCUUUGUCAAAUAAGUGCGGCAGGAGUAUUACUUUAUUCAUUGUUAGUUGAUCCUAGAUUGCGAAAUAUAAAAAUCGCAUUAACGUUGAAUAAAAUGGAUCUUUCUUAUCGUCAAAUGCGCAAUGAAGCCCUACUUAUGCUACAAUAUUCACGUUUGCAAAAAGAAGUUACUCAAGAAUUAUCUGUAUUUGAAACUAGUGGAAUGACUGAUCAAGGUAUUGAAGAAUUAAGAAACUGGUUAUUUGAUCCGAUUUCUUUAAAAUUUUCAAUAAAUUCAAAAAAGUAAAAAUUAAUAUAGUACAAAAUAAUUUUAUCAGAAAGUGGAUAUUUUUUUUUUAUUUACACUCAAUGUUACAAAUAAUAUAAGGAUUCUACGAAUAACUUUUCAAUAACAUUUGUCAGGUUUUUCUAAAAAAUCUAAAAAUUUCUUCAAAAGUGAAAUUAUUUAAUAUUGAGCGUACAAGAUUCGUAUAAUUUGAAAUGUUAAUAUAAUUAAUUAACUCAUGUAUUUUUUAAUAUAUUUUCGAAAUGUUAAAAAAAAUUAUAUAAUUAUCAAUCAAAAAGUUUCUAAAUUAAUUUAAAAUAAAUACUAUUUAAAUAAAUGUUAUUUAUUAUUAUAAGAAAUAUAUUGUAUUUGGUAUGUCAAUUUUAAUAAUAUUUGAAUAGAUAUAUUGAAAAUAUUUAAUUUUUAUUUUUAUUGAUUUAUAUCAAUAGUAUAUUUUUAAAAUAAGUUUAGAAACUUUUUGAUUAUUUUUAUAUGCAUGUACGAAAUUUGAUGCAAACUAUCACGAUAAUAUAAACAGCAUUAAAGAGUACAAGCAUAUACAACAAGAAAAUAAAACAAUAUGAUUUCCACAAAAAUUAGAAAGAAGAAAAA